UCCGGUUUGGGGCCUCCACAGGUUGACGAUGUGACGGAAGGAGCCGGGGACCAUGGGGUCGCGCAUCAGGGAAAACCCCCAGAAGAUAUUUGACCUGUUCGUUGAAGCCGGCUGCCCAACAUCGGCAGGUUAUGAACCCCAAGUGCUCAGGCAGUUCCCUCUGGAGUUCGAUGACCAGGAAACCAUUCAGAUGCUGCCCAGGUUUUGCUUCCCUUUCGAUAUCGAGAGGGUUAAGGAGAGCCCCGCAGUCCAGCAUUUCACCUUUGCGCUCACUGACCUGGAAGGGAAACAACGCUUCGGCUUCUGUCGGCUGGCCAAGGGCUUCCGCACCUGCCUGUGCAUCCUCAGUUACCUCCCUUGGUUUGAAGUUUUCUACAAGAUUCUGAACAACAUCGCUGACCACUUAGCCAAAGAGCAGUUCACCGAACUGGACGAAUUCCUCUCCACGCUGCAUCUUCACCCUGUGCCGAAAUUCAACAGCCCGGUCAGCCUUGAAUUUGACCCAAAGGUGACCAAAUUGAAAAUUACCACCGGGAAGGAUCUGAACGCACAACACCAAGACUGGAGCCAGGAUCUGGACCCUGGGUCAGCACCGGCUUCCUACUUCAUCGGCCCCGAUCACAGCAAACUGCCCACCAUCCCAGAGAGUAGGAACCUAACCGAGUUCGUCGUGGCUGUGGACGUGAACAACAUGCUGUGGCUGUACGCCAGCCUGCUGCACGAGAGGCGGAUCCUGCUGACCACCAGCAAGCUCAGCACGCUCACAGCCUGCGUGCAAGCCUCUGCCGCCAUGUUGUAUCCCAUGCACUGGCAACACAUCUACAUCCCUGCCUUGCCUGCACACCUCCUGGACUUCUGCUGCGCUCCUAUGCCCUACCUCAUCGGAGUCCACACCAGCCUCAUGGAGAGAGUGAGGGGCAAGGCCCUGGAAGACGUCGUCAUCCUGAACAUUGACAGCAACACGUUGGAAUCGCCCUUCCAGGACCUGGACAGCCUCCCGAGUGACGUCGUCUCCUUCCUGAAGUACCAGCUGAAGAAACAGUCUGCAACGACCGGGGACGGAGUGGCCCGAGCCUUCCUCCGCGCACAAGCGCUGCUGUUUGGCGGUUACCGCCAGGCACUCAUGUGUGAACCGGGGCAGCCUGUCUCCUUCUGUCAAGAGACCUUCCUGAAGCACGGAUCCAGCUCCAUGCAGCCCUUUCUGCAGAGGGCCGCACACCUGCAGCUCUUCAAGCAGUUCAUCGAUGACCGCUUGGAGAAACUGAAUGCCGGAGAGGACUUCAGUGACCUCUUUGAGCAGGAGAUCAGCAGGAGCCUGUCCCCAGGUAACCUGCAUUCCUACCAGCUGUGGGUGAAAAACCUGAAGGACUCCAGCGUGGACCAGCAGCACCCACCGGGAGGCCGCUCCCUGCCCUGCGAACAGAUCUCCAGCCCCAUCCAGGCUACCAGGAACAGCCAGUCGGAGAGUUUGCAAAGCCGGCUGCCCAUCACUCAGCACUUUGGGAAGUCUCGCCCUCGGCGGCCGCAAAGACAGAGCAGUUCAUCAGAACUGCAGGCCCACAGCACAGCUCUCCCAGAUUUCCCCUUGGAGCCUGAGGCCUUCACUGUUGGAGGUGAAGAUCUGGAUCCGGGAUUCCUCGAUUCGGGUGGGAUCGACCUCUUGGGAGAGAUCUUUGAGACACUCAGCUUCUUGGAGCCCAGCCGAGCGGGGCGGCCCCUUUACGGAACACGCAGCUUGGACUUCUCCAGCCUGGAGGACCGGAACUUCUAUACUAAGCUGAGACCCAGCGAGGAGACCCUGCAUGAGACGCUGCCCGAGGAAGAGGAUGACGGGAGCUCGUUGUCGGAGGACGCCAUACCCCUGGCCGCUCUGGAGGAAGAGAAUACCCAGAAUGCUUUGCUGCCGUCGACCACAACUGCACCCGGAGAGGACAGCAUCCAGGAGAUCUGUGGCAGUCCCGGCCCGGAGAACGAAGCCAUUCCCUUGCAGGAAGAAGCGGAGAGGGCCACGGAUUCCGAGCCCUCCCAGGAUCCACAGACCCCCAGCGUCGAUCCCGAGGCUCCCGCUCCUACUGACAACGAGACAGAGUUCUACGCAGGGGAGGAGGCUGGGCAGCCAUCUAGGGCGGACCAGACGCUUGCGGUCCCAGCGGCAGCCACCCCCCUCCCGAAGGCAGAGCCGCCGGCCCUCAGGGGCUCCCACGUCCCCUCACUCGGAGCGUCCUCUGAGGCCACCGUAACCGCUGGACGGCUCACCAGCCCUCCCCGCCACCCUUUGGUUUCCAGGUCUCUGACCCAAGCCAGGGUGUCGGAACUGAAGAAGAGAUUCGAGGCCUAGAAGGUGGCUGCCGAACGCCUCCGGGAGAGAGCGGCCUUCUCUGCGGAGCUCCUGAAGCCUCAAAGGGAGGCCGAGGUGCUGCCGGUCGUUCCUGUAGAGCGAGCGUUGCGAGAAACGGCCGAUCUGGAGGCAAAACCGUCUGGGUCAGAACGGACUCCCGACAGAUGGGUCGCCUGCGUCCAGCUGACUCCAGACAAACUCAUGCUGUGAAGAAAGGCACUGGUAUUUCUGGCCACUGUGUGACAUAGCGUGUUGGACUGGAUGGGCAUUUGGCCUGAUCCAACAUUGGCGUCUCUGAUGUUCUUAUGUUCAUGCGGCGGAGAGCUGUUGUACCCUUAAAAACCAACUUUUUUUAAAAAAAACAGUUUAUUAAAGAGACUCCU